ACACUCAGUUCUGGUUUAAUUUACUGCAGUAGUGUGAAGUAGACUGUAGUGUGUUGGUGUUGGUGAAGUCGUGUUCACUACAGACACUGAAGAUGAAGCUACUUCUGAUCAUUUUCACACUAUCGUGCAUUAAGGACUCGAGAGCUCAGAUUAAACAUGUAGACUUUAAGUUAAGUGGUUGCACUGAAUCAGAUAAAGAGAGUUUGAUGGAACAUGAUGAUGAGGAAAUAUUUCACUCCGAUUUUAAAAAACAAGAUCUGGAGAUGAUGUUACCUGAGUUUGCAGACCCUAUACAGUGGCCUGGUUUUUAUGAGCACAGUGUCUCAGAGCAAGAACUCUGUAAACAAAACCUUGAUAUAUUUGCAAAAGCCUACAAAAACCCUCCAGAAGCUCUGGAUGCCCCACAGAACUCCAUCUAUCCCAGAGAUAAUGUGCAACUCGGUUCAGAAAGCACACUCACCUGUCACUCAGCACGUUUCUUCCCUCCUCCUGUCCAUAUCCACUGGACCAAGAAUGGUGAAGAUGUGACGGACAAAUCCACACUCAGUCAGUACUACCCGAAUGAGGACAACACCUACAACCAGUUCUCUCACCUGUCCUUCACCCCACAGGAAGGAGACAUUUACACCUGCACAGUGGAGCACAAGGCGCUGGGUUCAGCUGACACCAGGACAUGGGAGGUGAAUGUUGAACUUCCCAGUGUUGGUCCGUCUGUGUUUUGUGGUGUUGGUCUGUUUGUAGGUUUGCUCGGAGUCGCUACUGGAACUUUCUUCCUGGUUAAAGGAAACCAGUGUAACUGAAGAUUAGAGCACAAUAAUUUCCUGCUGAACAACAACAACAGUCUCAUUAAAGUUCUGUAAUGUUCCUGAACUGUAUAUAAUAAAAUGUUCAACAGCAAAUCAGUGAAAAAAAUUAUAGCAUGUGUAAUGACUUAAAAAGUUAUCAGAUAUCACAGCACUUUUACUGAUUAUAUACUUUUAUUUCUAAAUAUAUAUAUUGAGUACAUUUUUAUUCAUUUUAUUUGUUUUUCCUCACACGGGCCUUUUACGUUAUUAGUGAAUCAGUGUGAAAAAAGUUCGAAACAAGUUUUUCAUGCUGGAUAAAUCAAUAAAGCCAUUUAAAAUCUUAA